AUGAAUACCUUCCUGCUCUCUGCACUGUGCAUCCUUGGGACCUGGGCUGUCCUGGCAGGGGGAGUCACCGUGCAGGAUGGAAAGUUCUCUUUUCCUCUGGAGUCGGUGAAGAAGCUCAAGGACCUCCGGGAGCUCCAAGAAUCCAGCACCUGGAAGAGCAGGAAGAGUGGUGGGCCUGUGGUUCCCCAAGUCUGCAGCCACCUGAAGUUUCCGGAAGAACUCAAGCCUCUCUGCAAGGAGACCGACGCCCGGGAGAUCCUCCAUAGGCUGGAGGCCAUCGCCGAGGACCCGAGAUCGUGCGAGAUCUGUGCCUUCGCCGCCUGUGCCGGAUGCUAGGACACAGGCCUCCUGGCCCUCCCCUGCGGGAUGCUCACACUGCGGCAGCAGCUCGGCCGGGCCUCCAGGGGAGGAGUGAAGAGGGGGUGGCCUGGGGCGGCCUGGGGAGGCCCUGCCCCUGACCCAUCCGAGUUGCCGGCGCUUCCCAAGA